UGACAUUGUAAAUUAUGCACGCAACUGUAAACAGCCAUCAAAUUCAUUUUCUACAUUGUUUUUAUUCCCAUAUUCUUCAAGAUCCUCUCUUGAUGUAUUUUUUCUCUGACCAUGAAUUAGUUUAUAGCUUUAGUCUAAUCGUUUGGGUCCGUCUUAAUCUUUUGAAGAAAAGCAUGGAUGUAAAUGUUUAAAGCAAAGUAAAUGACACCUUUUGUUGUAGAUCUUUUGUCUGAAUUGCAGUUCGUUUAUUCUUGUUCAAUCUCUCUUGUAUUAUUAUCAUCGUCGUAAAGUCCACAAUCAUUUUGCUAGAUGGAUCAUGCCAACGAAUCUUCGUCGAACUCGAAUAAGAGAAGGCUGGCCCGAACCUUUGCAAAGGUUAUGCACAUUCGAGCCAUGUCGAGGAAUUCCCCUGCUGACAGAGCAGAGGAAGCCAAGAAUCAGAGUGAUCAGGAAGUGCCGAAGACCAAGUUACAUGGCACGGUCAGGCAUGAUCGUCGCAAUACUGAUCUAAAAUCAGUUUUUGACGAAGAUGAAAAGGCACAGAAGAAAGCAUCCAAUGAAGCUUUCCUUGCCAAGCUGUUUGCCAGUGUUUCCGCAAUAAAAUCAGCCUAUGCUCAGAUGCAGUUUGCUGAGUCUCCUUACGACGGUGAAGGAAUUGAGUCUGCAGAUGAGAUAGUCGUCGCAGAGUUGAAAAUUUUGUCAGAACAGAAGCAGUGCUACCUCAAGAACCAUCUCGACGAUCCUUCUCCAGAGACUACACAGGUAUUGGCUGAAAUUAAAGAGCAGAAGAGUCUUUUAAAGACCUUCGAAAUUAUGGGGAAGAAGUUGGACUCUGAGCUUAAAUUAAAGCACUCUGAACUUGUUUUUCUCCGAGAGAAACUUCGCCAGGCUGAUAAAGAAAACAAGGUAAUUGAAAAGAGACUGAAUAUGAGUGGAUCAUCAUCAACUCAUGACAAUUUGUGUUUAAACACCUUAAGCCCUGCUCAUUUUAUUCGAGCCCUUGCAAAGACUGUUAGAAGUACUCGAAGAUAUGUCCGUCUUAUAAUCAAUGAAAUGGAAUCGGUUGGCUGGGAUUUAGAUGUUGCUGCUGAUUCAAUAGAACCAGGAGUUGUUUACCCAAGUGCUAGCCAUAAAUGUUUUACAUUUGAAUCAUAUGUUUGUCGGCAAAUGUUUGAUGGUUUCAAUCACCCUUUCUUCUCAAACUCACAUAAAUCAUUACCGGAGAACCAGGGCCAGCAGGAAUUCUUUAGCAGAUACGUAGGGUUAAAAUCUCAAAAGCCAAAGGAGUAUCUUGUCUCGAAGCCUAAAUCUGCAUUUGCAAAGUUUUGCCGCAAAAAAUAUUUGCGGCUCGUUCAUCCAAAAAUGGAAGAAUCUUUAUUCGGGAACUUGGACCAGAGAAAUUUAUUAGUUUCUGGUUCACAACCAGAAACAGAUUUUUAUGCAAUGUUUUGCGAGAUGGCGAAGCAGGUUUGGCAGUUGCAUUGUUUGGCCUUCUCAUUUCAGCCCGAGGCUUCAAUUUUUCAAGUUAGCAAAACAAGUCGUUUUUCUGAGGUUUACAUGGACUGUGUGAACGAAGAAGCAUUUCUGUCAUCAGGAGCGAAUCCUCGAGUGGCUUUCACAGUGGUUCCGGGGUUCAAGAUUGGUAAAACUAUUAUACAGUCCCAGGUUUAUCUUUCUUAGACUGAGACUAGAUCAUUGACAGAAUCUGGUCCACCAUGUCUGGAGCCAUUGGUUUUCGAAUUUAAGUUAUGUAUGAUGGAUCCAUGUUGGUCAUGACUCAUGAUUGUGGUCUUUUGGGGUGGGGGAAGGGGGGGCAUUGGCCUCAAUCAUGUGGCCUGUGUUGGAUUUUAAUAUUUGAUUAGCUGUAUAGGAGUGGAGGAUUUGCCAAUUUUGAUAAUACUUGGGUCAAGCAAUGUUUGAUUAGCUUUCAUCAUAGGUUUAUAUCAUCUCAA